CCCUACCCGCACCCUCGGUGCCGCGUUCAGAUCCCGAGCUGGUCUGGCUCCGGGGCCCAACCACGUCCACGCAAGAGGAAAGCCAGAAUUCUGCAGGCUACCGGAAGCCACGACCACCUCCCUGCCGGCACCCUCACUUCCCACCGUCUCAGGGGCUUCCAAGGCGAGUCACCGAGCCCCUUUCGCCGGAAGCGGAAGUGCGUGUCGGCGGGAUCAUGGCGACUUUUGCGGACUUGCCGGACUCUGUCCUGUUGGAGAUCUUCUCUUACCUCCCGGUUCGGGACAGGAUCCGCAUCUCCAGGGUCUGUCACCGCUGGAAGAGGCUGGUGGACGACCGGUGGCUGUGGCGACAUGUCGACCUGACGCUCUACACGAUGCGGCCAAAAGUCAUGUGGCACCUCCUUCGCCGGUACAUGGCAUCCCGGCUCCAUUCCCUGCGGAUGGGCGGCUACCUGUUCUCGGGCUCCCCAGCUCCCCAGCUGUCCCCCGCCCUGAUGAGGGCCCUGGGCCAAAAGUGCCCCAACCUCAAGCGCCUCUGCCUGCACGUGGCCAACCUGAGCAUGGUGCCCAUCACCAGCCUCCCCUGCACCCUGAGGACCCUGGAGCUGCACAGCUGUGAGAUCUCCAUGGCCUGGCUCCUCAAAGAGCAGGACCCCACUGUGCUGCCCCUGCUCGAGUGCAUCGUGCUGGACCGCGUCCCCGCCUUCCGUGACGAGCACCUGCAGGGCCUGACGCGCUUCCGCGCGCUGCGCUCGCUGGUGCUGGGCGGCACCUACCGGGUGACCGAGACCGGGCUGGAUAUGGGCCUGCAGGAGCUGAGCUACCUGCAGAGGCUGGAGGUGCUGGGCUGCACCCUCUCGGCCGACAGCACUCUCCUGGCCAUCAGCCGCCACCUCCGAGAUGUGCGGAAGAUCCGGCUGACCGUGCGGGGCCUCUCGGCCCCUGGCCUGUCGGUCCUGGAGGGCAUGCCGGCCCUGGAGAGUCUGUGCCUGCUGGGGCCGCUUAUCACCCCAGAAAUGCCUUCCCCGCAUGAAAUCCUCUCCUCCUGCCUCACCAUGCCCAAGCUCAGGGUCCUUGAGCUGCAGGGGCUGGGCUGGGAGGGUCAGGAGGCGGAGAGGAUCCUGUCUAAGGGGCUACCCCACUGUAUGGUCAUUGUCAGGGCCUGCCCCAAAGAGUCCAUGGACUGGUGGAUGUGACUGCACCAGCCGACCCUGAGACCCCUCUCAGCUUUUAUUAAUGAGUCCCAGACCCUCUGAGCAGCACCUUACCGUGGGCAGGUAAUCCGGCUGGAGAGGUAUGAAGGCCACAGGUAGAACCCAAGCCUUGACUCCUUCAGAUCACUGGAAUCAUGGUUUGCCAGCUGUGUGGCCUCUGUGACAUCAGCCAGCCUCUCGGAGCCCCUGUCCUCACCUCCAGAAAUGAGGAAGACCAUAGCUACCUCUCGGUUAUGUUGCAAAGCCUUACUCUUUACCAGCCCUGAGGCCCGAGAAGGUCCUGGAUGAAGAGCCAUUCUCAGGAACAGGACAGAUGUGGAAGGGUGGGUUAGGAGUUAGGGAGACCUGAGGGGUCAAGGCCCCUUAGGAAGCCUGGAAGGGCUGUCAACACAUGUGCACCAGCACACUGACACAUCAUUGACAUGCCGACACAGCACUGACACGCCGACACACCACUGAUAGUCCUACAUGCACGCAGGAGACAUGGAGAGCAGGGCAGAUACAACUCAUGCUUUGAUGAUCGAAAUGUUAAUAAAGGUUCUAAGUUGUCCUUUCAGUAUUUUGUAUUCUGUAUUUUCCAAGUU